UUGGUGGUUCAUUUCAGUUAAACGUAACCAUAAAAAUAAAGAUAAUUCAAAAAAUACACUCUGCCAUAACCUCAUCUCCAUUUCUCCCCCACUCAUGACACUCUGAAGAAAAUUCUUCCCUUUUUCUUUUGGUUCUCAAAAAUUCCUUCAUCAAGCAAAAUCCAUGGCGAGAACUCUGAUUUCAUCACAGCCGUUCAUUGGCACUUCGCUGCCAUCAUCAUCAAAAUUCUCUCGUCAUGGUGGUCUGUACAAGCUCCCUAACCGUAGACUUGUUUCUACCAGGGUCCGUCUAAGCUUUAACGAAAUCCCUCCGAUUACUUCACUUGGCUCCUCCGUUGAAUUCCAAGUACUUUUUACGAAAGCCGAAAGCCUCCUAUACACUCUCGCCGACGCUGCUGUUGCGGCCGAUCCAGCCGCCACCACCGCCGGGUCUACUGAUGCUGCCGUGCAGAAAAACGGUGGCUGGUUCGGCUUCAUCUCUGAAGGAAUGGAAUUCGUUCUUAAGGUGUUGAAAGAUGGAUUAUCCACGUUACACGUGCCUUACGCGUAUGGAUUUGCGAUUAUAUUACUUACGGUUUUAGUUAAAGUUGCUACAUUUCCUUUGACAAAGCAGCAGGUGGAAUCAACGCUAGCUAUGCAAAAUCUUCAGCCGAAAAUAAAAGCUAUCCAACAAAGAUAUGCAGGCAAUCAGGAGAGAAUACAACUUGAAACAUCUCGCUUGUAUAGGCAGGCUGGGGUUAAUCCUUUGGCAGGUUGCUUCCCUACUUUAGCUACUAUUCCAGUCUGGAUUGGCCUGUAUCAAGCUCUCUCAAAUGUGGCAAAUGAGGGGCUGUUGACAGAAGGUUUCUUUUGGAUCCCAUCUUUGGGUGGGCCAACUACAAUUGCUGCUCGGCAAAGUGGGUCUGGAAUUUCUUGGCUUAUUCCAUUUGUGGAUGGCCAUCCACCAUUGGGUUGGCAUGACACUGCUGCAUACCUUGUUUUACCUGUGCUUCUUGUUGUCAGUCAAUAUGUUUCAAUGGAGCUGAUGAAGCCACCCCAGACGGAUGAUCCAGCCCAAAAGAACACACUUCUUGUUUUCAAGUUUCUUCCGCUUAUGAUUGGUUACUUUUCAUUAUCCGUUCCGUCAGGAUUAUCUAUUUACUGGUUCACGAAUAACGUCCUUAGCACUGCACAACAAGUGUGGCUUCGCAAAUUAGGUGGUGCAAAACCUGUUGUUGAUGAGAGUGCAAGUGGAAUUAUUACUGCAGGACGUGCAAAACGGUCAGCUGCUCAGCCAGCACGGGCUGGGGAUAGGUUCAGGCAGUUAAAAGAAGAAGAGAAGAAGAAGAAAGUAAGCAAGGCUCUGCCAGCAGAAGAGUUUCAGAGUCUAGACUCAGCAUCUGAUUCUGAUGGGGAAUCAGAUGAAGAGACAAAGGGCAAGGGUGAUGAGGCUCUCGAAGAAGCAUAUUCUUCAACUGCAAGCAAUCAAGUUCCUAAUAUUUCUCAGCCAAGACGAAGCAAGAGAUCUAAGCGGAAGCGUGCUGUAUAAGAUGAUUGUACACUGAAUUAUUUUAGUUUACGGUGAGUCUCAUAUAUUUAAAGGAAUUGUAUUAUUUUUAAUAUAGUGGCAAUUUUGAUGCUGGCUCAUUCAAGAUACGUUGCAAAAUCAUGAAA